AGUCUGACGGUGUUGGUGUGACAGCAGUGAGGAAGAGUUGAGGAGAGACAGGGAAGGAGAGGACAGUUGCAAGCAGUCAAUCCAUACUUACAUUUCUUUUUUAUCUUGUCAGAGGUCAGUUGUUCUUCUUCCCAAAAUAUGUUCAUGACAGUGUUGUUUUAUAAUUGCACCAUUACACAGAGAAAGAUUUUGUAAUUCAUUCAGAUUGAAAAAUGUUGCGCCUGCUUUCUUUUAUAGACUUUGUGGCAUGUUCAUAUUUUUUUCUUUUAUUCUUUCAUUUUAAUUUCUAAAAAUAGUUAUUUUUAAUGUUAAAUAUAAUAUUCACACCUUAAAUUAAAAGAAAAGUCAUGUUGCCACAGAACUGCUAUUUAUUUAUUUUCUUAUCUGACCAGAUGAAUUGCAUUUGUAUCAUGGAGAAUAAAUCUUUAACAAACAACAAUGUGCAGUGCUGUCAAACAUGUCAACAUCCUGAGUCAGAUAUCCAGACAGGUCAAAGAAAAAUAAAUGCAUGUAGAAGUGGCAGACAGAGGAGAGAAGUCGCUAGCUUCAGCCCGUGUCCCAGGUUUAGUAUGAAGUCAUUAAAACAUUGUUUGCCUGCGAAACACCUUGAACUUAUUCUUGUUCUCUCUCUACUUCAGAGAAAUUCCCAAAACCCAGAGUGAAGAAGAAUCCAGUGGGUCAGAGGAGGACACUGAUAGGUCCUCCACUCCACUGAUCAUCUCUGGGGAGGUUGACUCCACCAGAGGAAGAGAGGAAAAAAUGAUUUCAGAAGAAAAGGGAUUUUCGCUGGAAGAAUCCAUCACAAACCUCCCAGGCUCACAUGAACUCUUGGCUGAGCCAAGUGAGAAAGAUAAAGAUCCAACAAGUGUGUUCAAUCAAGUUGACAGGGCCGCUAAUGAAAAAGAUAACGCCUCCUCACCGGCGCAUGAUUUGCUGUCUGAAUUAAAGCAGACGGAGGAUCUGUCUGUCCGUGAUUGUACACGGGGGCCGCAAAGUUCUGAUUUAGAAGUUGAAACAAAUGAAGAAGUAACGAUUGACUCAACCGGACCUGUGGGAGGAAAGAGCACCGCAGAGAAUAUGAUUCCUGACUUUGUUGAUGCGAACAUUUGUGCUUCAGAGCUUGGCCUAACUAGUGGGGAAGAGACGGUGGAACAGCGUGAUAACAGUUGUGUGGAUGAACGAGACUUUGAGGCAAGAAAGCUCCAGUCACCAUCAGGGCAACCUGGUAGCUCAGCUACACCACUGCAAGCUCACAUCCAGGCAGAAAAGAACGAGGCGGAAGACAGAGCUGAGACACGAGCAUCUUCCCAGAAAACAGAUAUUUUUGCACAUGUCGAGGGCGAAAUGCACGGCAGUCAUGUACGAGAGGCAGAAGGAGGUUCGCUUGAAAGCAGCUUUGAUGACCUUCCAGAAGCUCGGCAGGUUGCUCAGUAUGAAGGUGAACCAUCAGAAAUGGAGGCCUCUGAAGUCUCGCUCUCCGUUAGAUCACCGACGCAGAAACAGGAAGAUUCCAGUGAUGGUGGUGAAGUGAUGAACAAUGAUCAGGAUCCUAAUGAACUUGAUGUGGAAAUGGAGACGGAGGACGUGAGUUGGCAUGAGGAGCUGGCAGAUGAAGAGGAAGCCUCCGAUAGAUUGAGGGAAAUUCUCUUGGCCCAAGACUUUGAUACCAAUGAUGAUGAGUCGGGUGAUGAGGAGGAAAGUGAGAGAGCAAGUCAGCAAGGCAGCCAGGGUCUCACGCCCGAGGUCACUGACAAACCAGUGCAGUCUGAGCAGGAGGAAUGCACCCGGCCCCAGGAGGAGGAGGACAUCAUGGACAUCCCUCUGGACGACCCGGAGGCCAACCGGGCGGCGGCCAAGAUCCAGGCGGGGUUCCGUGGUCACAUGACCCGCAAGAAGAUGAAGCCGGAGGACAAGGCCGAAGUGGAGGAGAGGCAGGAGGAUCGGGGGCAGUAAUCUGUGCCAGAGCGCCGGCGCCUCUGUCCUGACCUGGAUGGAAUCAAGGUAGCGAAAGAAAGAUGGCUGGCACGAACUGCCGGGGCUGCUUUACAUGGACACCUCUUCACCCCCGGAGUCCUUUUGUUUCCGAGACACGUUAGCAGUAGAGAGCAAGAGUUUUACGGGAGUGAUGUUUUUUUUUUUUUCUUCCAUGUACGUCUUUAGCUUCUCCAGCUGCCUCAUGAGUAUGGAUGUCUUUGACCCAGAAUUUGCAACUCAGCGCAUGUACUUGUGAAACUUCUGCUUGUGUGCUAGUUUUUAGACGACGAUCUGUGAAUGUGAAAUGAAUCUCCUCUAAUGGCUUAACAGACUUAUUAUGAAUGGAUUCUGUUUUGCUGUGUGACUGCAUCAGUAUUUCACUCUGCAUUACAAGUGGCUGUGAUUCUUUUUUUUUUGUUCCCCGACUGCCUCGUAUCUUUGCAAUGACCGGCUGCUCAUAAUCCUUCAUUUGAAUGCAUAGACAAACGAUUAGGACCGAAGUAUCUCUGGACGUUGUAUUUAUUAAACAUAACAAGUGUGUCAAUGUUCCUCA